UUUCACUGUGUGUGUUUCUGUGUGUUUCACUAUGGCGAAGGAAAAAACAAAUAAACACGGCGUGAGCGUCAGACACGUCAGUGUUUAACACAGUGGAGUCUCUCGGCAGCUUGUGUGUGUUGUUGUUGUUGUGUUGUGUUGUUGUUGUGAGUGUGUUCAGGACUCAGAGUGUGUGUGUCAGUGAGAACCGCGAUGAAAAGAGAGAAAAGAGUUGUCUGCUCAUUCACAGCAGCCGCUGACACAGGCUAACACCGCCGCUGUCGUCGCCGCCGCCGCCGCUGCUGCUGCUGCUGCUGCUGCCGCUCUGAGCGUUUUCUUUUCACGGCUGAAAAAUAAGAAACAGGAGAAGUCGAACUCGGCUCCCGUUAGCUUAAAAGAACAUCUCCCCCCACGCUAGCUGUUUUUUCGCUCGUGUUUCUCCGUGGAAGUGGAGUUGAGUCGUCUUUAAAGAUGUUGACAGGAUCCAAAACCACGUUCAAAGUGAGACAAAUGCUGCCAGACAUCAAGGAGAGGAUGCUGAGUCAGAGUGGGGUGAACGCAAGGAGUCGAGAUGUCUUCGGGCUUCGCUGCCUUCCAGGCGAGUGUGUACUUCAGAGAGCUGUUAUGGUGAGGAAGAAGUUGACUGCCAGGGAAGGAAGAGGUUGGCUGUCUGGGACCCUCUUCUGUACGCAUUUCAGAGUGGCCUUCGUGCCACAGGACAGUCCCAAACCUGAUGACAAUGCAGACCCGGUGCUUUUAGGAGAUCAUGAUGUGGCUUUGGCUUCCAUAGACAAGGUUGUGGUCGUGGGACCUAAUAGAACGAAGCUUGUGACCCCAAACUCCUCCCUGAAGUUCACACCAGAGGAGCUGGUGCUUUACUGUCGGGACAUGCGAGUCAUCUGCUUCCUGUUUGACCGCCUCACUCCUGAUGCUCAGGUCAUAGAGAUAACUUAUACCAUCGCCAAGACCUACCAGCCUCUCAAACCAGGCUCAGUUUUAUCUUUCCAGAAUGCUGCACUCGGGAGUGUAGAAAUGAAGCAGUUUCUAAGCAACCGUCGCCGAGACACCCACAUGAACUGGUUUGAGUCGACCUCUGACUGGGAGCAGGAGCUGGAGAGGUGUGGAGCCAGUGGCUGGAGGGUCAGCUCAGUCAAUGACCGCUUUGAGAUGUCCACAAGUCUGCCAAGGUUCAUCGUGGUUCCACAGAAAGUUUUAGACACAGAGCUGAAAAAAAGCUUUUCCCACUUCAAUGAAGGACGCAUCCCUCGGUGGUGUUGGCGUCAUCCCCGAGGCAGUGAUCUACUGAGAACGGCCAGUUUCCAGAACAACAUUUAUCAUGAGAAGGAUGACAUCAGAAACCUGGAGAUGAUCCUGUUUGGUUGCCAGUCUUCUUUGUGUGUGGUGGUGGAGCUGGGCGAGGAGCUGCCGUCACCUGCUGACAUCCAGCUCGCACACAGCCGCCUGCGGGCCCUCUGUCUAGGAGAUAUCUCCACAUCUGUUUCGGUUCCUGAUGACAAAUGGUUAUCUACACUGGAAAGCACCCACUGGCUAGACUACACAAGGUCGUGUUUGAGGAAAGCUUCAGAAGUCGCCUGCCUGCUUCGUGGUGGUCACCUGACUGUGGCACUGCAAGAGGCAGAGGACCGGGACGUGAGCUGUGUGGUGUCCAGCCUGGUGCAGGUCAUGUGUGACCCUCACUGUCGCACCCAGCGCGGUUUCCAGGGCCUGGUGCAGAAGGAGUGGGUGAUGGCCGGCCACCGCUUCUACAGCCGCAUCAACUAUCACCGUGACAACGACAAAGAGGAGGCUCCAGUCUUCCUGCUCUUUUUGGACUGUGUGUGGCAGUUGUGGUCCCAGUAUCCCUCUCGCUUCCAGCUGACCGAGGACUUCCUGUUAGCGCUGCACGACAGCGUCCAGCUGCCGCUCUUCUCCAGCUUCCUGGCCAACUGCCAACGAGAGAGAUGCAAACGCUCGCAGAACCAUGGUCAGUCGUACACGCCUGUCAACGGCUGGAGAGACGGGCCUCAUCCCGACUCUUCCUCAGAUCCAUGUGACCCUCCUCUUCCUCCGGUGUGGGACUGGGCCCUGCAGUACAGCAAACACAGACAAGACCGCUUCACUCAACCCGUCCCCCCGAGCCCUCCGCUCCAACCACUGCUCAAUGGAAACCUCAACACCAACCCAGACACUCACAAGCUGACUGACACCAUCCCCGGCUCAGUCUUCCUCUUCUCCCGAGGAACCUUCUCCUGUCCGGCUAACCUGCUUCCCUGGCGCAGCACCAGUUCAGGCAUUUACAAAAAGAGCCACAGGAGGGCGCCGUCCUCCGAGGGCGUACCCAGCCUGGAGAGGCUGCUGAAAGCUUGGGCGCUGACUGAGAUUCCCCAGGGCCUGACUUCCAACUCUGGAUCUCAAGGACCUCUUGACCCCUUUGAGCCUUUACUGCCUGUACUGAUGGGGCCCUGCAUGGGCCUGUGGAAGGAAUGCUACCUACGGGGGGCGCUCCAUGCACAGGCUUUCUCACAUCCCAUCUCUGCCAACCAUCCCCACCCAGUGGAGCGACUGGCCGCGGAGGUUCAGGCGCUCAAAGACAAACUAUCUCAGGCGUCCGCCGGCCCGGACGUGAAGCCGCCCAUCAAGACGGCCGAGCGCCGGCUGACCGACGCCAACCUGAACCAGAACACCAACAACGGCACCUUCCUCUUUCCGGCCUCCAGGCCUCACGGCACGUGUGUGUCCAGAGUUACGGCUCCGCCUACCUCCACCAACCACCAGCACGCCUCCUCCAGAGGCCGUCCCCCGACCACAGCCGCUCCCUCCCGGUCCAGCCACAGGGACAACAGCAGCAAACACACCUUCCUGUUUGGACACUCCUCAUCAACAGAGGCUCGUCCCGAUCAACGCUACCACCCGGCUCCCAACACCGCCAAGCUGCCCAAGAGCAACGGAUCCGUAGCUUCCUGAUGUUUGCCCUCGGUCGCUCCUCAGACCGCUUUCUCCUCCUGUCGGCACAACGUGAUCCGAAAGGAGACGUGAGUGAAGCGGACAGAGGGGAGUCCUCGUCGAUAAGGCCUUUGCACAUCAACCGCAACGUCAAUAAUGAUGAACACUGAGGUGAAUUUUGAUGCACAUUCAAUAUCGAUCGGUGUUUCACAAACCUCCAAAUCAAGAAAUCAUCAAAUGUCUUCGAAAAUGACGAAAAUGAUUCAGUUAUAAAUGAUUCCUUUUUUUCAUAUAUGGAGCAAAGAAAAUAUUCACAUUUAAGAAGCUGAAAAAUCAGACGACUUGUUUAAAUGACUAAAAUAACAACUCAAAACCAUUCGUCAAUUAUCAAAAUACUUCAUUCAUUAAGUCAUGGAUGAUCGUCGCAGCCGUUACUUGGUUGAUGUCGUGCUUAUGUCAGUGUUUUUAAAGAUGAGAGGAAACUAAUUCUAACUCUGUAAAUAUAGUCCAGUGUUGACAUGACGUCACACUCCUCGUGUUUUGUUAUUAAAGCUUGGACCGACGCCGAGCGCCACAGGAAACCUCAUAUAAAUAUGCUGAACACAAAUGAGACUGUUUACCAUAUUUACAGUAACAGUCCCCUGUCAUACGUACAGUAUAUAUAUAUAUAUAUAUAUAUAUAUAUAUAUAUAUAUAUAAGUAUGUUCUGAUACUCGUAUCACUCCCAGUAACCGUGAGACUGUACACAGUAACCUGUGCACUGUUCUUGAUCACAUUUGUGCUCAUGCAUGGAGCACCUGUGUGACAGUGUGCAUGUGACAGGGUCCAUGCAUUGAUACUCAGAAUCAGAUCAUCCCUGUUCCCGACCUGUGUCACAGGUUUGCUACAGUGUGUCUGUGCACAGUGUGUGUGUGUGUGUGCGUGUGUGUGUGUGCGUGAACACAGCAGCAGACACACAAGGACUCACCACUCAGUCGCUGUGAAGAUGCAUUCGUGUUGUUCCUGUGAUGAGAACUCUGUGAGCCAUGAAAUGACUCGGAGCGAACUUCUGUCCGACCUUACAAACCAGGACAUGUUUUCAAUGGUGAGUAGUUAUAAUAGUGACAUCAUAGUUACUGGUUACUGGUUACUGGUGUUAGGCCUAGUUCACACUGCUGCGGCGUCUCUCCUCGUUUCCUCUCUCUCACGCGUGUCGUUCCCAGCAGAGAUGGACAGAGACAAAGAUGGAUGGAUAGAGACUUUAUUGAAGAUCUGCUGAUAAUGAUAUUGACAUUCUACCAGCAGCAGUACAUAAACCUGACACUAGAGCUGUAACCGGGCCUUAAAGGUGAGGCCCGACGAGGCCCGACGAGGCCCGAGCUCGACAAGUACAUUUUAAAUAACGGCUUUUUUAAAAACCUGAACCCGUUUACAGCCCGACAUUAUUCACAUGUUGGAACAAAGAAUUAAAAUAAGUCCUCUGUUAACGUCGUAACAUCUCAACACUCUAAUAGACCUUGAAGGAGGAGUGGGUUCGACUCCGGAGAGCUCUGGGUCUCAGACACAUGCCACACAUCCAGUGUGAACCCGGUUGAACUGCAUCAGCUGUUGUACUGGUGUAACUGUCAGUCGUGGGGAGGCGGUCCAGCUCCGCCCUGACCGUCCUGCAACAUUUUACUCUGCUGGAGUAAAGGCAGUUACUGUACAUUCAUGCUGUACUGUACCAAAGCGAGCUUAAUGUCAUGCUGUCAACAACACACAUUGUGAUCUCUGUUGAUUUCUAGGAUACACGUGUCAUCUAUCAGUCAAACAAACAAACAAACGUGUGUGAUGUUCAAAGGCCGUCGGAGGUUUUCACUCCGCUUCUCAUCGUCUGUACCGUCAUCAGAAACAGUGACUGCAGUUUAAUGUGUUUGUUAAAACAAAAGUAUCAAGUGUUCCUUUAAUCAAAUGUUUCUAACAUGCAAUGAAACAAAAAAGGGCUGAAGAUGCUUCAUAAUAAUAUAAUAAUUAUAAUAAUGUAAUAAGCACAUGUCACAUGACCCUUUAAACAAAGACGGAGGGUCACAGGAGCAGAGACUGUGAUGUCAUCAGCUGAUUGUUUGAACUCACCUUUAACCUGUGUGUGACAUCACGUUUCUGUCAUGCAGGAGAAAAAUGGAAGAAUGGUUUCUCCUCUCAGCUCACAGAGGAGGAGAGCCUCUGUUUUUCUUUUUCUUUUCUUCCUCCUUUAACUCCCGCCGCUGUGACGUCGGUGGUGGAAUUUAGGACAUGAGAGCUAUUUUGGUGUCGUUCUCAUAUCUGAGCGGCCGUGCUGCAGCCCUCUGAGACGUUACUGCAGUUUUACAUCAUUUCUAGCUUUAGUUGUCGUGCAGACACAAGUGCGUGUGGUUUCUGCCCAAAUUUAGUAGGAAACUGAUCGUUGCACCAUCAUUUUGGUGGAAUUAAGACUUAUUAUUAUUAUUAUUGUUCUACUUUUUGCUUCUUGUAUUUUUUUUGAAUGCCGUACCUUGAGAAGGUACGAGUGUUGGAAACAAAGGAAAGUUUAUUUCCUCCUGGCGCUGGUGCAUUAGAACGCUGCCAGUAUUUAGGUCAAGGACUUGUCGUCCUGCACCUUUAAAUCCAAACAGGUCGUCUGUCGGUCACAUGAUGUGGAGUUGGUGUUAUUUCCACGGAUGAAUGCAAUCAUGUUGUUUUUGAACAGAGUGUCUGAAGGUACCCGAGUUGUUGGAAUUAUUGAUUAUGAAAUGAUUGUAAAUAUAAGUAUUCACUACAUUUCAGAGGUGUGAAAUCAUCGUCACAGUUCCCGCUGCUCUGUAUCCACAUUAAGUUCAUGUUUUUGGUACGAAUGUCAAUUCAAUCUUUGCCAGAUGUACAUAUUUCUUUUUGUAUCAGCAUGUUUUUAAACUGAUAAAUAAAUAAAAGUGUUAUCAGUUCAUAAA